GCCAGCUUUCGCCCGAGCCAGCUCGGGCUCGGGCCAGUUUUUGCUCGAGCCAGGCUCAUCUCCGACGAAACGUGCAAGCUCCGAUGCGGGCGAGAACGUCUCCAAGAGGUCGCGCGCAUUGGCUCCGCUGAUUGCCUCGUUUAAAGCGUCGAACGCGGCAGUGAUCGGCAUUGCGUGCUGCUUGAAGGAGCAGCCAGAGAUCAUUGACGACAUGACGAAGUGGAAGAUCAGAAAGGCUAGCGAUGAAUUCGCAUCAGCAAUUCUGGAUGCGCCAAUACAGCUGAACUUGGCAAGCGGCGCGGCCUGCGACAAGCCCGUCGUCAAUAUCGCCAGCGUCCUUCAACGCUGCGCUUCCGAAUCUGCGAGCUUCAGAAAUUUGCUGCCCACAACUUUAAGAAAAUUCCCGUGCCCCCCAGCGGCGCCGCGGGGCUUCAUCUUGCACUUCGAUGAGUUCGUGUCAGGCAAUGUCUUGCGGCAAGAUAACACACGCAAGACGCUCUCGUUUUACGGGAGCUUCCGCUCCUUCGGCCCUGACGCGGCGUCGUGCGAGGACGUUUGGUUGCCUCUCGCUUUUGUUCGGUACGCUCUCGAUGUACUUACCGCUGGGUCCGCUCAGUUCAAGCUGGACUUUGCAAAGGAGCUGGCUUCCUUUGCCGCGCUGGCCAAAUCAAUGUUUCUGCAUUUGCUGGCCAAGAGAGGCGCGGCCGUGGCAGAUGCUUGGGCCGUGGCGCUCCGCAACCACGCCGUGGCUUUCGAGUCUGCGUGCGGCGAUUGCGGCAUGCACAUCCCGAAGUUUCAUGGGUUCGCACUUGAUACGCUUGUGACGGAGAGGUGCCAUAAAAAAUCACUGCGGAUCGCUGAAUUCAUCGACAACACGCGGCGCUGCGAGAAAUCAUCACUGACCCGAGCUAUUGCCCUUCAGUGCCGCGAUGCGCAACAUAAUGUUUCAUUUGGGAAUGCCUUGGUGUGCGGCAUCAAAUACAACGACGUCAUGAACGUUUCGAAGGUCGUUCUUGCGGGUGGCUCUCGCAUAUCAGCUGGAGAUAUUCUGCGUAUUGGUGAGAAGCGCCAUUUUAUCAUCGGCGGUGCCGAGGAAGGCGGCAACGUGGCGCUCAUUGUUCAGGAGUUGCGUUUUAUUUGCCAGGUGUUGCCCAGCGCCUCGCGGCGGCGAAAGGACGACGCCCCGAAGUUCGCGCAGUGCGGCUCCUUCAUGGCACAGCCUCUCUGGACACAAGAGGCUUCUGGAACGCUGUUAUUGGUGGAUAUGGCAUAA